CGUCACACACAACACAGUCAUUUUACGUCAAUGUACAGAAGGCAGAAGGAGCCUUUUUUUUUUAUUUAAGUGAACGUGUUUAACAUCAACCAUUUAUUCCAUUUCUAAAAAUUCCCAUAUAACUAUGGGUUCGUCGAGGAGACGGGAUCGUUCCAGAUCUCGAGACAGGCGAGACCGUUCCAGGUCUAGAGACAGAGACCGAGACAGACGCGAUAGGAAACGUAGUAGAUCUCGAGACAGGUACAGAGAUAGGGAUCGUCGAAGGGACAGAAGCAGAAGUCGUGAUCGCGAUCGCGAAAGACGCCGUGAAAGAGAGCGAUCUAUAACGCCACCAGAACCCGAUGGCGAUAAAAUGAUAGCAGACACCCUUGCUACUCUAGCUGCCACCAGAAACUUCGCCAGUUUGAUUUCAAAAGAGGGAGAUGGCAAUUCGAAUAUGUCUACAGAGAGCAGUGACGAUGAAAGAAGGAGAAAAAGGAGGUCUAGAUGGGGAGGUAGCGAACAUGAGAAAAUAUUUAUUCCUGGAAUGCCUACCAUAUUACCACAGAAUCUUAAUAAGGAACAGGAGGAAGCAUAUUUACUUCAGCUGCAGAUCGAAGAAGUGAGCCGUAAGCUGAGAUCCGGAGACUUGGGCAUCCCGCCAAAUCCCGAAGAAAGAUCACCGUCACCUGAGCCGAUUUAUAGCAGCGAUGGUAAACGUCUGAAUACCAGGGAGUUUCGUACGAGAAAACGUCUUGAAGAGGACAGGCACACUUUGGUUCUCAGAAUGCAAAGCAUCAAUCCUGAAUUCAAGCCGCCACUUGAUUAUAAACCACCAGUAACCAGAGUUAGCGACAAAGUCAUGAUACCUCAAGAAGAACAUCCGGAAAUUAAUUUUGUGGGUCUUUUAAUUGGUCCUAGAGGAAAUACCCUAAAGACAAUGGAAAAAGAAACUGGUGCGAAGAUUAUCAUAAGAGGAAAAGGAUCUGUCAAGGAAGGGAAAGUCGGAAGAAAGGAUGGACAGCCACUCCCAGGAGAGGACGAACCGUUGCAUGCCUACAUUACAGCCACCAAUCCGGAGUGUGUGAAGAAAGCUGUAGAAAGGAUCAAAGAAGUCAUACGUCAAGGAGUAGAAGUUCCAGAAAAUCAAAACGAUCUUAGGAGAAUGCAACUGAGAGAACUCGCACAACUAAAUGGUACAUUAAGAGAGAAUGAUGGCAUGAGAUGUAACAACUGCGGAGCCACAGAUCAUAAAUCUUGGCUGUGCCCGGAUAAACCGAACAUUACCAACAGUAUCGUUUGCUCGAGUUGUGGAGCAGCUGGUCACAUAGCCCGCGAUUGCCGCUCUAAACGACCAGGACAAGGAGGUCCUCCGUUGCCUGGACAAGGGGACAAAGCGAAAAUAGACGAGGAGUAUCUAUCUCUGAUGGCCGAAUUGGGCGAAGGUCCACAACCAGUUUUUAUGCAGAACGGAAACAAUCAUCAGAGAAAGCAACCAGCGCCACCUCCAGUUUCAAGUUUCAACAUUUUUGAAACCCAAGCACCUCCUCGACCCAUCAUGCCUCCUCCAAUGCCUGGAGCUCCGAUGCAAAUGAUACCAAGCGGCAGCAUCCCUCCGCCGUCUUGGCCGGCCCCUGCGCCGAUGCCAUGGCCUCCAGCGCCGCCUCCGGGAAUUAUGCCGCCGCCACCACCUCCUGGUGCUUCAAGUCCGCCACAAACGAUGGCGCUACCGCCUCCAUGGACGUCGAAUCAACCGCCACCGCCUGGAGCGCCGCCACCGUUCACGUCUUGGCCGCCGAGCAGUUUCCCUCCGCCGCCUCCACCCGGAAUAGACGUCAGUUCUUUGCUGACGUCACCACCUCCGCCACCGCCGUCUUAAAUGCGCUCCGGAAGGGCGACAGUUUAGUGUUGAAGAUGUUGGUAGUUUUAGUUGCGAAGAAGUGGUUGUUCCUGUAGAACAUCCCGAUGUUUGGGUUAUAUAUACAAUAAGCGCCAUGCUAGUAGACACACGGUCUAGGUGUGGGCUAAUCCGGCCCGUUCUCACCUGUGACUUUUAUGUCUGUCAUGCCAUGUGACUAUCAUAAAACUAUUGAAAAUAAUUGUUCUUCACUUGAAAACCUUAAAAAACAACUAAAAAAAAACUUUAUUCAAACACCAAAAAUAUUACUAUACUUUAUAACUUUAAUACAAUUAGACCAGGGGUAAAAAUAUUAGUACAUUUGGACGUUGAGAGGUGACUCAAAUUUUUUUGCAGAAAUUGCUUGAAAAUAACUCAAAUAAUAAUAUUUGAGUUAUCCUCCAACUCAAAAAGGUCCGGAACAUUGUUUAAAUAAUCAAAAUGUCAAAAAAUGAAGGAAAAAUUCGAUUUUUUUCUUCGUUUUUUGAUUAUAACUUAAGAAGUAUUCAUUUCCAAGAAAAGUUGUACCAACAUAAAAGUUGCGUAAUUAAAUUUCCUACAAUAUAGAAUUGGUUAAAAAUUUAAAAAAUAGUCAUUCUUGUUGCAAAAUAACAAUAAUCGCGAAAAAAAAAACAUAAAAAACAAGUAUUCGCAUUUUACGUUUUUCAACCAUUUAUGCUACACGGACCUUCAUAUUUUACACAGACAAACUUCACGAUAUGAUAAAAUAACACUGUGAAUUUCAUUAAGAUCGGGUCAAUAGAUUUUGCAAAAUAAAUUUUGCAAUCCAGCUUUCGCAAAAAAAAACAUUUUUUCAAAAUGUUACAGGACUGAAACUAGAGCAGAUAGCAAGUUGAAUUUUCGUUUGCAUAUAGAAGAAUACCGUACCUUUCAUUUUCAAUUUUCAAAAUUAAAAUCGGUUAACUACCACGGCGUCAGAAAUUUUUUUAAAUAAACAUUAAUUAUUGGUGCUACUCGCAGGACAACGGAUAGUUUGCUCUGAUUAGACAUUCUAGUGACCUUUGAUAAUGAUUGAUACAUUUUAAUUUUUAGUACAUUUCUCUGUUAUUAAAAACACAUGUGUAAAAACACAUACUCUGUUAUUUGAAAUAACACUUUUUUAGCAAAAACUUUCUUUGUUAAUAUAUUUUAACUUGGAGAAUAAAAGUUUAUUAUUUUUAAACAUAUGCAAUCGUUUAAACAAUAUUUCACAAACAAUAAAAUUAGUUUGAUUUUUGUGGAAUUAAAAUAUUAAAAUACAACAAAAUAUAGAGUAAGAAAGUACAGUGGAACCCCGUUAACUCGGAUUAAUCGAGACCGCGGCUGAUCCGGGUUAUCGAAAAUCCGGGUUAGCCGGAGAAAAUGGUAAAAAUUAAUAAGAUACGGUAUACUUACAGAUAAACUCCGUUAUAAUUGAAAUAACAUGAAAUAAUAUAUGCACAGUACACAUCUAAAUUACGUAUCAAUUACGCCUUUAUCACUUCUACCUAAUGCUUCUAGUUUCUUUUCCAUUGUCACUACAACAUUUUUACGUUCUGUUGCCAUUUCGUAGACAAAAAAACACGCAAACACAAAAUCUAAAUAGAUUUACGAAUGAUUACAGAACGGAAGCGAACAAUACGACUGUACUACACACAAUACAGUCUCAAUCGCAACGAUGUUAUGUUAUUUAAUAACAGUGAAGACUAAGACCAUUGUUUAAAAAAGAAUUUUUUAAUAGUCUUAGUUUUUUUAAACAAUGCUAAGACAGUUUGAAAUAAAUAAAGGAUACUACAGGUGCCUGUUGUUUCCGAUAACACGACAAUGAACGUAGUGUGCCAUGAGUCAUUUUUACUAUCGUAUAUGUAGUUAAAAUUACACAAAUACUCAUUAUCUCUCAAAUAUUAUAUUACAUACAUUUUUAUUGUUGAAAUGUUUGUCUGAUAAAAAUCGGUCCGGGUUAGCCGGUCUUCCGGGUUAUCGGGGGCCGACUUAUCGGGGUUCCACUGUAAUAUAUUAGAUAAAGAUUGGGAGAAAUUUUGGUGGAAAUCAACUUGUGUGAAUCUAACACCGCUGUCCUGCACGUAGCACCAAAAAUUAAUGUUUAUUUAAAAAAAUUUCUGACUCGCGCCGUGGUAGUUAAUCAAUUUUAAUUUUGCAAAUUGCAAAUGAAAGGUACAGUACUCUUCUAUAUGCAAAAAAAAUUUCAACUUGCUAUCUGCUUUAUUUUCAGUCCUGUAACAUUUUGAAAAAAUGAAUUUUUUUGCGAAAGCUGGAUUGUAAAAUUUAUUUUGCAAAAUCUAUUAAACCGAUCUUAAUGAAAUUUAGAGUAUUGUUUUACUGUAUCGUAAAGUUUUUCUGGGUAAAAUAUGAAGGUCCUAGGUGUAGCAUAAAUGGUUGAAAAACGUAAAAUGCGAAUACUUGUUUUUUCGCAAUUAUUGUUAUUUUGCAACAAGGGUGACCAUUUUUUAAAUUUUCAACCAAUUCUAUUUUGUAGCAAAUUUAAUUACGCAACUUUUAUGUCAGUAAAACUUUUCUCGGAAAUUAAUACUUUUAAAGUAAUCAAAAAACGAAGAAAAAAAUCGAAUUCUUCCUUCAUAUUUUGACAUUUUGAUUAUUUAAACAAUGUUCCGGACCUUUCUGAGUGGGAGGAUAACUCAAAUAUUAUUAUUUGAGUUAUUUUAAAGCAAUUUCUGCAAAAAAAUUUGAGUCACCUCUCAACGUCCACCUCAAAACAGAUGCGCCCUGGACUAAAUGACAACUAUAAACUUUAAAUACAGCUGUUCGAUCAUCUUGUCAAUUUUCUAUGUUUAUAUUUCUAUUUCUAUACAUUUUCUAACGUUCAGACGUCACUAGACAUAAAAGUAAACAGUGCAACAAGUGAAGGAUCCACGACUGUAUUACCUCAAUCUACCCGUUUGUCUAGUAGCAUGGCGGUUACUGUAUAUUGAUUAUUAUUUGUACCUUGAUUACGAUUUUUAACGAAUUUGGUUGGCGUUGGUGACCUUGUACAAUUAACAAAACUUCUCAAUAACAAUUCAAAGUUAGAUGCCAAAUAGAUUUGGCAUUUUUCAUGAUGUUUUUAAUUUUCUCCGAUCUUGAACAUCUAUUUUUGCACUAUUACUAAUUUUUCGUGGAUAUGUAGGUAAAAUACAUAGUGAGAAUUGAGUAGGAUCAGGAAAAAUCGUGCAGAAAAAAUGACAAACUAAAUUUAACAAAUCCAGGUAUCUGAACUUUUUUAGUUAUUGUAGGCUUAUGUAUAUAAAUAAAAGCUAUACAUUUUCUGUAGAGAUUUUGGCGCCUUUUUUAAAUAAUUAACAAUUUAUUGUAAAAAAUGCCAUAUUUUCAACUUAGGUUUUCUUCGUAUAGGUCUAUAAUAACUAAAACAAAUCACAUACCUGAAUUUGCUUUUAAAUUUUUAUCUAUGACAUUUAUACAUCGUCACAGUGUAACCAACUGCUUAGAAAUUCGCUAAAAAAUACCAGUUUUAGAACUAUUUUGACUUACAUACAUUAUAUUCUCAUUAUAUUCAAUAUGAUUUAGAUCACUUUAAAUAUUUUGUCCAUAGGAAUUUGUUUCUAAUUUAUAAUAAUAAUAUUAUUUAUUUCGCACAUAUUUGUGCGGCAAUAUCAACGUCAGUAUUUGAUAGUAGAGCUAUGAAUUUAUAAGAAAGUAUCAAAUAACUGUACGAGAGCAUUUUCCGUAAAGUUGGUUGCCUGUCGACGGUGCAGAAGAUUUCUCUUUUUAGAUCAGCCAGUCAGGAGGUCAAUCUAACAAUGUUUUUUAAGCUAUUGUAAUUAGUUGCUUGAUUGCAAUUAUUUUUACAUCUAUCUUCUUGUGUCUUAUUGAUUUUUCCGCCAAUGCAAUGGAUGUUGUUCCCUUCUAUUAUUCACCUUUAAAUAAUUUCUGUAAACUUAUAAAACACGAGGAGAGACAGCAUUGAGCCUUUUAGCGCCAGAUCUCUUUAUACCUGUCAGGCAUCUUUUCCAAGACCCUAAAAGUGUUUGUUAUAACAUAAGCUACAAUAAUGGUGCAUGUAUUUAAUUAACAUAUAUUAUAUCACGCAUUGGUCCCUCUUUCUACACCAAAAGAACUAAUUUUGAAUGAUUAAAUGCCUAAUGGACUUAUUUUGUCACACUGGCAUUUACUUUAUUUGGUUCUGUAUUAUAUUAUUAAGCACAAUAAUAAUUAUUAAAGAAUUUAAUCUUUCAGAGUGUUAUGAAAGAAAUUAACAAUAAUGACAUUGAGAUAUUGUUUUAUCCCAACGUUAAAAAUGUUCUUUUUAAGAUAUUUUGUAGGUAUUACAAAUUUGGAAUAUUAAAAACGUAUUUUGACCUU